CCAAAAACCCUAGUAAGGGGUUUUGCCGUGAGUGCCGACCCUCUUCUCUUUCCUUCCCUUAUAAACUUUAACCUUCGCACCGUUUCUAUUCUUUCUCCCUCCCACUUUCACUUGCAGGCCAAACGCAGCGUUUCGGCAGCAUGAUACGCGGAGGCGAAAACUACGUUUCUUCCGCUCCGGCGUUCUCGAACGACGGCAAGCGCCUUCUCGUUUGCAGCGGCUCCACCGUGUCCAUCUUCAGCACCGCCACCGGCUCCCUCGUUUCCUCCCUCGAAGGUCACACCGCCGCCGUCACCGCCGUCGUGGUGAUCCCCUCCUCCACUGGCCUAAGCUACUGCUGGACCGCUUCCGUCGACGGAACCAUCCGCCACUGGGACUUCUCCGUUCCCGAAUGCGUCAAGAUUAUCGACCUUUGCUUACCCAUCUUCUCUAUGGUGGUGCCUUCGAUUUUGUCUCCGCGGGAAGAAAACGGGAAGAAGACGGCGAAUGCUAUUGCUUACGUGUCUGUUCAAGUUAUAAACGCACCGGACAAUCGCUCCAAGCCUCUUUAUGGACAGAUCAGGAAGUGUAAUUUGACCCACUUUCGCUCCGUUAGCCAACUUAUCUUGAAAGAGACCGAACGACCAGAAUCUUUAACCAUUAGUCACUUGGGAAAUUUUUUGGGUAUAAAAGACAAGCGGAAACUUCAUAUAUGGGCAGUUCCUAAAAAGGACUCUGAUUCUGCUGUGUCUAAGAAGAUUACCCUGCAUCAUACAAAGACCUUUACUGUUCUUGCAUUCCAUCCGACAGAGAGAACUGUGGCUGCCGGUGAUGUAACUGGAAGAAUUUUAAUUUGGCAUGAAUUUGGUGCUCAGAAGUUCUUGAACAGUAGCGGAUUAGUGAAUGGAAGAUCAAUGGAUCAGGAAAAUAAGGAUGGGGUAAGGCAAAAUGAUGAUGCUGAAUCAAGCGUCACACGGCAUUGGCACUCUUCUGGAGUGAGGUGUCUAUCUUUCUCUUCAGAUGGAGCCUACCUUUACUCAGGUGGGAAGGAAGGAGUUCUUGUGAUUUGGCGGUUAGACACAAAAAAGAAUUAUUUUUUACCAAGAUUUGGAUCUCCACUUUUGUAUUUCGUAGAAUCUCCUGAUCGAUCACUUUUCUCAAUAUCUCAUGCAGAUAAUCAAGUGCUUAUAUUGAAGAAGCCUUCAAAGCCAAUGGAAAUAAUAAGCUGUAUUUCUGGUAUCAAGCCCCCUUUGCCUUCUCAAGAUAUAUGUGAAGGUCUUUCCAGCCGAGUUGCCUUUGACUGCACUUCUGGUUUAUUGGCUGUACAAACAGAGAAUUAUGCCAUCCAAUUCUACAGCUUGUUUGCUAAUCGCGAAGUUUAUGAGGUUCAAGUUUGUGAAAGAAACCAUCAACCAGUUGAUGAGGUCACGGUGGUGGUGAGCUUGGUGGAGCUGUCUGUCGAUGGCUCUAUGAUGGGUACAGUUGAUGUCAAACUUCCUGAAGAUGGAAUAGGAGGUUUUAUUUGCUUGAAGUUUUGGGAUUUGGAUGAUAACAAGAGAUUUUCAUUAUCUACCCUUAUUUAUGAACCACACAGGGAUGCUCAUAUUUCUGCUGUUGCUUUCCAUCCAACUCGUCCUAUGGCUGUCAGCACAUCCUAUGGUGGAGAUUUCAAGAUAUGGGUUUGCAGGGAAGAAAUUCAGCAAAAAGGCCAGAUGGUUCGGAGUUCUGGUUGGAGGUGUCAUGCUGUUGGGUCAUACAAAAAUAAAGCCAUGAGAGCUGCUGCUUUUUCAGCUGAUGGUUCUGUGCUGGCAGUUGCAGCAGACACUGUUAUUACAUUGUGGGAUCCUAAUAAUAAUGUCCUCAUUGCUGUUAUAGGAGAAACUCAAAUGCCUAUUAUGAGGCUCGUCUUUGCUGGAAAGUCAGAUUAUCUUCUGUCUGUAUGUCAUGGUUCAAAACCGCAGCUGUCUGUUUGGAGUAUGUCAAAGUUAGUUGCAUCUUGGUCAUACAGACUCCAAAUAGAAGCUGUCUCAUCUGCAAUAGAUUUGUCAUAUUUUGCUGUCCUUGCUCUCCUUCCCGAAUCGAAUGAAUAUACAUUUAAAGGUGAUGGGAUAAUCUUAUUAUUCAAUGUGACAGAUCCUGUUCCUGUGGCUUCCUGGUCAGUUACUAAGGCCAAGGGAGGAAGGCUUGCUUUUCUCAAAGGAGAUCCAUCAGAACAAGCAGUUAUUGAUGGGAAACCAACGCAGACACUGCUUGCAUAUAUAAAUGGAGAUCAUGAAUAUGCCAUCUUUCAUCCAUCUGGCGGAAAAGCCUGUGAGCUUAGUAUGACUAAGCAGGAGGAUCUUGUGUUUGAAGAAACAGGACAAUUUGGAUACACAUCAAUUUAUGGAGAGCUUCCCAAGUUUGAUUUGAAAAGGAAAAUGGAUUCAUCGAUUUCAUCUGCUGCUUCUUCUUCCAAGAGGCCUUGGGUGACCAUAUUUAGUGGAUUAUCACAAUCGUUGCCACCCCUCACUAAAUUGUGCUCGGAAUUUUUGGAGUCCCUGCUUGAGAAAAGGACAGCAACUGUAGAAUGACAUGGAACAGCAUCAAGGGAUGAUUUUGUUUCUUUGAUGCCCACCUAGCAGAGCUCAAGAGGCCUAAGGACUGGACUUGAAGUUAAGAUAUUUGAAUGUUCCCUUCAAGACUGGUGUAAACACUACCUUCUACCCGCUGCAGGUCGGUCUGGCAUUAGCAAUUUGCCAUUUUCGCAUGAUGGAACUAUUUGUCAAAUUAGCUGAUGCAGGAAAAGAUGGGACAACAAAGAUUUCAGCUUUAAGUGGUUGGCUAGAUGGCUUGGUAUACCUGAGAUGUCCCCCCUCUCUAAAACCCGAUUUUGCCUUGCUAGUGUGACCUUUAGUUAUAAAUAUUCUUUAAUUUUCAAUUUUUCAGUUCUUGGAUGGGGCGAAAUUUUUUACUGUAAUGAAUGAUAAUAGUAGUUUGCAGUGUAGCAAUGUUGUAAGCUUGUAGCCACUGUCAACGAGUCUAGGUAGUGUAGCGGUGAAUGCUAUGGAAGCUACAGUUCCUAUGUCUAAAUAUUAUGAAAUUGUGAUCCUAAAUAUAUAGUGACAAUUUGCUUUUUCGUUUUUCUGAGA